AUGCCGUAUUCCAUCACGGUCAAACAGAUCGAGGGAAAGCCCGGGAAGGUUUACUACCCUCUGCAACUCAAUGAAGCCCCAAAACCCUCCCCAGGCCCUAAGCAGGUCUUGGUGAAGCUCACUGCGGCGGCACUGAACCACCGUGACCUUUUCAUCCGGCGCCAUCUUUACCCCGGCAUCUCAUUCGACCACCCACUACUUGCAGACGGCUACGGCUUUGUUGUCGAGGUUGGCGAGGGUGCCAGCAAGGACCUCCUGAACAAGCCCGUCGUCAUCACCCCAAGCCGCGGCUGGGCCUCGAGUCCCGAUGGCCCCGAGGACGCUCGCAAGUUCAGUGUGAUCGGUGCAACCAAACUGUACCCUGACGGCACCGCACAGGAGUAUCUUGCUCUCCCCGAAGCCGAAGUCGAGCUGGCACCGGAGCACUUGACGCCAGCCGAGGGAGCCGCAUUACCCCUUGUCGGCCUCACCGGCUGGCGUGCGUUGGUCACGAAGAGUGGCAACGCUGAGAAGGGCAGAAACAUUCUCGUCACGGGCAUUGGCGGCGGCGUGGCGCUCCAAGUUUUGCAGUUUGGCGUGGCGCUCGGCUGCAAUGUCUAUGUCACCUCGGGUGACGAGGCGAAGAUCGAGAGGGCCAAGAAGAUGGGCGCGGCCGGCGGUGUAAAUUACAAGGAGGACGGCUGGGAGAAGAAGCUCCAAGGCCAGCUUCCCAAGUCACGCCCUUACCUCGAUGCCGUCAUCGAUGGUGCCGGGGGAGACAUUGUGGGCAAGGCCGUGAGGCUGCUCAAGCCCGGCGGUGUCAUCAGCCAGUAUGGCAUGACCGUGUCGCCGCAGAUGGAAUGGUUGAUGCAAGCGGUGUUGAAGAACGUGGAGCUCAAGGGCACGACAAUGGGCUCGCGAGAUGAAUUCAGGGAUAUGGUUGCCUUUGUCAGAGAAAAGAAGAUUCGGCCAAUUGUCAGCCGCACGGUCAAGGGACUGACGAAUCUUGAGGGUAUUGACAGUUUGUUCAAGGACAUGGAGGCUGGCAAGCAGUUUGGUAAGCUGGUCGUUGAGUUUAACGAUUCUACGGCGGCGUCGCCAUCCAAGUUGUAG